AUGGAUGAACCGAUUCCAACUCUAUCAGAGCUGGUGCAGCAGACGACCAUUGAAGACUCGAAAUUGCAAGGGAUGAUAGAUGACUUUUUGGAAUCAUUUCAUUAUGGACUCGCAAAUGACGAUUCCACCAUGAUACCGUCGUAUGUUUCGCGUCUUCCCACCGGCAAAGAAACUGGCACAUAUUUAUCAUUGGAUCUGGGAGGCAUGAAUUUACGUGUUGCGUCGGUGACUUUGUUAGGGGAUGGUAAGACAGAAAUCGAGCAGAAAGCGUACGUGAUCCCGGACGAAUUGAAAGUUGGACCCGUUGAAAAAUUAUUUGAUUGGAUCGCGUUGGGGAUCAAAGAAUUACAGGAAACACUCUUAACAACGGCAAAGGGAGCGAAUGAUAACAAAGAGGAAAUGCCCAUGGGGGUAACAUUCAGUUUUCCUAUAAGACAAACUGCUAUCAAUCGUGGAACAGUUAUGCAGAUGGGUAAAGGAUUCAAAAUCACCGGAUUGGUUGGUCACGAUGUCGUCGAUCUUUUGCAAGAAGCUUUUAGGCGAAAGGGUGUAAACGCUCACAUCUCGGCCAUAGUGAAUGACUGUGUCAGUGUCCUUGUGGCCGGUGCUUACAAAGAUCAAAAUACCAUCAUAUCUGCGGUUAUAGGGACGGGUACUAACGCCGCGUGCAUUUGUCAAACGUCGGCAAUUAAAAAAAUGGAGUUUCCCAAAAAUUCGCCUGAAUACAUGAUAAUCAACACCGAGUGGAGCAUAAUGGGUGCCUCCUUCCUGCCAUUUACGAGAUAUGACAAGCUGUUGGAUGAACAAAGCACGAUACCGGGAUUUCAACCGUUUGAAAAGAUGUCGAGUGGAAUGUACGUGAGCGAAUUGGUCCGAUUGGUGAUCUUGGAUUACGUGAAAUGCUUUAAUUUGUUUGAGGGAAAGUUGCCCGGAGGAAUGGAGAUACCAUACAAUUUCAAAGCCACCUAUAUGUCGGAGAUCGAGAGGUAA